CCGGAAGUGACGUGCGGAAGCCGGGCUCAGCGCCGUGAAGUUAGAGGUGACCCGUUAUUGAGGGCUGGUGUGGGGCGUUGGGAGCCCCCUGUGAUAACUGAGCCACACGCCUAUCCUCCGUCCUCAGGGCCGGAGCCACCAUGGGUCGCGAGUUUGGGAACCUGACGCGGAUGCGACACGUGAUCUCCUACAGCCUGUCGCCCUUUGAGCAGCGCGCCUUCCCGAACUUCUUAAGCAAAGGCAUCCCCAAUGUGCUGCGCCGCACUCGCGAGCGCAUCCUGCGCGUGGCGCCGCCAUUUGUUAUGUUCUAUCUGAUCUACACGUGGGGGAACCAGGAGUUUGAGCAGUCCAAGAGGAAGAAUCCAGCCAUGUAUGCAAGCGACAAGUGAGCAGCAGGCAUCUGGAUGACGGGUCUCCUGCCUUUGAAAGACUGCUCUCUGGGAGAGGAGCCUGCACCAAUGCCCUGCAGAUAAUAAAC